AUGGAUGCUUUAGAGUACAUGUUUUCCGUUGCGCGCGAGGGCGGCUCUAGUGUGCUGGAAUUCAAACCAGAGUAUAUUAUGCAAGAGAAUCUGAUGAGUUUAAGCAGCAAAUUUCCAUUGAUUCCUGGUUCUCAACGAUCUAUAAAAUUUUGCACAACUCAGUUGUCUCAAAAGCUGCGAGAGACACCAGCCGAUGCUGACUUUGAUUUGACGGACCCUUACAGUCCACCGCCACAGUACAAUGUGCUGCAUGAUCCUCAUUUGAAGGAUUACUUUCAGAAUCCAGCCAUGCAACGCAGACUUGUCGGCAAAGGUUUCAUCACAAACAGUGGCUUUAUAAAAUGCACCCUUCUUGAAUUCAACAUGUUUCGCCAGUGGAUCAGAAAGCUUAAAUUAGAUCGAAUACAUCAGGAGCGUCGAAGGCAACGUCAGCUUGAGCUUCAGCUAUGGAAAGAGAGGCAAGCUAGGGAACGUCUUCUCCGGGACGAGGAGUUGUACAGCAUCAUGCGUUUGCGGAAACAGAAGGCAAAAGAACUGAAAGAACGCUCACUCAAAAGGCGUGAAACAGAAAAGCGGAAGUAUCUAAAAUUACAAGAGCUAGAUCGGAAGAGACGGGAAGAACACGGCGAUGCCAUGAAGCAGAAAAAGGACAAGGAUGCAAGUGAAAGAGAGAAGCAUCUCGCUUACAAACAACUGCAAAAGAAUGAAGAGGAAAACAAGGGGAAGGAAAUUAAAAUUAGUCUCCUUGUGAGACGAAGUUCUGAAGACAAAAAAAGAGAAUCGAUGCUGCAGCGGAGAAGACGGUCAAUAAUGGAGGAAAAAGAGCUAAGGAUAAAAGAGAACUGGAAGCGCCGUUGCUCUUUGUCGUUGGUUCGACAGGAAGAGAAACGCAAACAAGAAGAAGAUGAAAGACUCGAGUUUGAGAGAAAUGUAGCUAGGAGGACUUCGAUUGCGGAAAAACGGCAUCGUAAAAGCCAAGUACAACAUGAACUGUGUUUGCAAAAGAGGCGUAAUACCCUUGUCCAGCAACAUCAUAACGCGGAGAUGUUCCUUGAUAAAAUAAGAGAGAAGAAGUUGAGAGACUUGGAUGAAUGGAGGAAGAAGCAUGCCCGAAUGCUAGAGAGGCAUCAAAAACAGGGACGUAGGGUUUCGCUUCAAACCAAAGCUAGUGGUCAGGGUCAAGGCAAACGUCGGAGGUCUCAAUCGUCAAGCGUCUGGGAUUUGCAGUCAUCCCUCGAGGAAGAAUUUGGAAUCAAAGACAACGUAGUUUACAGUGGUGUCGUUUUUGCGGGGAAGAAGGCCAAACAUGAGGCACGAGAGGGCGAUCGGCUAGAAAAUUUUCCAGAGGAAAGUACAUAUCAAGAAGCAGAAGAAAUGGACAAGUUCGAGAAACUUUGGUUACAGUUAGGAGCUGAGUUCGCCUUGCGAGAGAAAGUUCACCACAUCGUGUUUGAUAUCAUUUUAAACGCUUCAGAGGCAUUGGAUCGCGAUGAGAGGCAGAAAGUUUGUAGAAAAGUUUCCGACUACGUUCAAGGAGUCAUAAACUUCGCACAGGAAAGAUUAGCUAAUGAUCAGUCAGGCGAUUUAAAACCCAAAGUGAGAAAGUACGUACUACAGGUGAUAGAGAAUGCCUCCCUUGUUGUUGACGAGGUGGAAAGAUGGCGACUUGUCCAAGAGAUUGUAGCCACCGCUAUCAACGGGGCCAGAGAGGAAGUGAUCUCGUUACCCAAAACUGCUAAAGCGGUAGUUGCAACUGCUAUCGAAAGGGCACGUCAGGAGGUUGCGCAGCAAAUCUGUCGUGAUUUGUUUGAAUGCGCUGAGGCCAUAGUGGUAGGUACUAUGAUAUCGGCAUCUCAAAAGAUGCAAGAUGCUCAGGAAGUAAAUGUGGCGCGUUCUCUAGCUAUCGAGGCUGUGAAAGCAGCAAAAGGGUCCAUAGAACAUUUACACAAGGUGGAACUUGAGCCUAUCGUCGAUGAGGAACAGUUUCAGUUUUCGACGAGCUUGGCUAAGUGCGCUAAAGAACUCACGACAGCUGCUAUUAUUUCGGCCACCAAAUCAUCGGAACAGGUAUCACGUAAGGACGACAGCGAUUUGAUGGCAGCACGAUCUCUAGCCUGCGACGCUGUCGCGGCGGCUAAAUCUUCGCUUCAAAAGUUGUAUGGCGUAAAAAUUGAAGUAGAAGAUGAGGACCAGGAACAUUAUGUUACAAUUUCUAAAUGUCUCGUGAAAUCCGCAAAAGAUAUCGCUCAGGCCGCGGUUAGUAUCGCUGAGACAUUCUCUGGGCAGUACGAUCUGGAAGGUUUGACAGCCAGGAAACGUGCGACGGAUUCUAUGUAUGCAGCAAAAGUAUCACUAGAGAAACUUGACAUAAAUGUUGAGGACAAGGACGAUAACGAGCAGGCUUAUAAAGACAUCGCAAGUGCUGCUUUGGUGUCCGCUGCGCGUUCUUUGCAGAAAGACUUCUUAACACGCGAGACUGAUUUAGUGGCGGCUGCACAAACUUUGGCUCACACGGCAUUGGAAUCUGCAAAAGAAUCUCUUGAAUGGUUCUACCGUGCGGAAAUCGUUCCUGAAGCAAGGAUAGAAGGGAAGACUCAUAGGCUCCAUUUAGAGUUGGGUGAAGUCGCAAGAGACAUUGCAGAGGUCGUUGUUGAUUCAGCCACACGAUCUCUCGAGCAGAUAAUGGGAAAUAAUGAAUGGAAUCUUAUAUCAACAACUCAUGACCUGAAGAAGAAGUUAUUUUAA